AUGAAGCUCAUCAUCAGUGCCAACAGGCUUCCUGUGACUGUGAAGAAGAAUGCUGUUGGCCAAUUUGACUACAAGAGAAUUGACGGCGGCCUCGUUACUGGAAUUGACUCGCUCAGGUCAUCCAUGGAUUUUGCCUGGUUUGGAAAUAUUAGUAGCAGUCUCACUGAAGAAGAGAAAACAAGAAUAAGCAGUGACCUCAUAAAGACGUAUCAAAGCCAUCCUGUCUUCAUAGACCCAGAACUGAACUCCCUCUGCUACGAUGGCUUCUGUAACAGCAUCCUCUGGCCUGCCCUACACUCAUUUCCAGAUAACGUCUGCUUCACUUUCAAGGAGUACGAUGCCUACAAGAAGUACAAUAGGAUAUUUGCUGAGAAGAUUGCUGCUGUUAUGGACGAAGAUGACAUCGUAUGGAUCCACGACUACCACCAGAUGCUUGUUCCACGUUACCUGAAGGAGCUCAAGCCCCACGUCAAAAUCCUCUUCUUCUCCCACACCGCAUUCUGCGAGCCUGAGAACCUCGAUCGCCUUCUCUGCGCCAGGGAUCUCCUCAAUUCCCUCUCUCUUUGCGAUGUCGUUGGCUUCCACACGCCUGAAUACGCCUCCAACUUCUCACUUUCCCUGGAUUCCUAUAAAAUUGGUCGAAUUCCUAAAAUAAAAGCGAUUUCCAUCGGAAUCGAACCCGGGAUGUUCCGGUCCUGCUUAGAGAAGGAGGAGACUAAGGCAGCCAUUAGGAGACUUAGAAAAUGCUACAAAAACAAACGUAUUAUUCUGGGAGUAGACAGGGCUGAUUACAUCAAGGGAAUGCCACAGCGAUUCAAGGGCAUUGAGAGGUUCUAUCAGAGAAACAAGAAGGCAGUUUCUGAGGUUGUUUUCCUACAGAUUUCAAUUCCAAGUCGCCUUGGUGUCCAGGAAUACGCAGGCUACGUCGAACAGAUUAAUAGGCAGAUUGAACACAUAAACAGCACAAUGGGGCGAAUGGAGGAUACGCCCAUUCAAAUGCUGUUUCACGGUGUCACAUUCAUUGAAUUAUGCGCAUUGUACUCGAUAGCAGAUGCCAUUCUCAUUACAUCAGUCGUAGAUGGAAUGAACCUGGUUGCAAUGGAAUACGUGGCCUGUCAGGACGAGAAUGAGGGGACUGUGAUUCUAAGUGAGCACACUGGGGCAACUGUGACACUUCAAGGCGUAUUCGUCCACGAUUCAAACAACACCGAAUCAAUCGCAGAAGCAGUGGAAAUGAGUCUCAAUUUGACCAAAGAACAACGUAAAAUCAACCACGAAACCAACAGGAAGGCGAUUGACGCGUUUAACUCGAUUGGAUGGGCCUCUGAGUCUUUGGACUGUGUGAGUGAAUCCUGGCGAGGUGAAAUCUUCAAGAAGCAAUGA